ACAGGAUGUUUCCCAUCACUUUGGCCCAAUGCCUGCCGACGACAAACGCGGUGUGCCCCAGAAAGAACGAAAAGAUUCGAGCGGUCGCGUGCAUAAGCCCGAGCGUACAAGACGUCUGUCUGAGGCUGCCAAGCAGGACCUGGCAGUUUUGGGCAAGAGAAUGUCAAUGGGCAAGCUUCCGUUGAGAAUUACAGAACGCUCAAAUCCUGCGAAGGAACACGAGAUCAGGCCGAAUUCAAGGUCUCCAGUUUUUGUCGAGAAUGGCAACUGUAUUGGUCACACGCUCUUCAAAUUGCGGACCAAUCCUCCCGACGCGCACUACCAGCCAUACUUUGAAGGCAGGAAACGCAUGUUUGAGGUCAUGGUACAAGGUCAUUUGCUCAACAUCUCGCCUGACGAUCAAGUCUACAUGGGAAUCAUGGGCGACAAACCACUCGCCAUGAACAGUUGGUUAGGCAGCUGGACGUCUUCGGCAAUGAUAGCGUUCAUCAAACUAAAAGUCAAGGAUGUGCAUGUAACACUAGGCAAUGAACACGAGGCUGCUCACUUGAUGAUGCCUGUAUUCUCGUGUGCGGACCGAUUUGUGAUCACGAGCGAAGGCGAUGACCCCCCGGAAAUGGGUGUGCCGAUGUUCCCAGAGCAAGUGGCCAAAAAUGAGAGAAAAGACUACAGAGACUGGAAUACCAAGGACACGUAUUCCCUGUCCAUGCAUGGGAUGUAUGUCGACUUCGUCAAAUGGAAGGUCGUCAACAUACCAGGUCUUCCUGACAUGUGUCUGUCCACUUUCUUGGGUGACAUGCCACUGAAUAUAGUGGCAUAUGCCCUGCCCCGGGGACACACUGGGCCCCAUCUCGAGAAGGACAAACGGUAUAUUGUGAGCUUCAAGCUCGAACAUGAAUCCAUUCAUUCGAUGCUAUAGUAUAUACCUAUACUUAUCCGAGUAUUCAACGUACAAGUUUUUAUUAUUAAUAUAUUCAAUGCGACAUAUUUGCUCUCGGUAUGGAUCAGUACAACGCUCCGAGUUGGGUUUGAGGCGCUCAGGUGACGUGCCAGAAUGCUUCGAGUCCAUACACGUGUAUA